AUGGCUUCAGACGACAAUCACAGCUUGCGCAACUUGGCCAACUCAAGAUGGCGCUUCACUCGAUCGACGGUCAACCUCCGUGAAACGGCCUCUCAGUCCAUCUCCGGCCCCAGUUCAAAUCAGAACAAAGCACCUAAGAUUGCGCGCGCAUCAUCGAAGAUGUCGUUGUUCAACAUCUUUAGUCGUCCGAAGGUGGAAAGGGCUCGGGGUCAUACGGAAGUUGGACUUGCCAUUCCCAUGCGCCCACAGACGCCUCCAAAACCUGCGGAACAGUCCAAGUCAGCCUUGAGACAGAACAUUUCGCCCUCCGCACAACAGUCGAUACGAUCGCGAUCCAGUCUGAUGUUCCGCCCAAUGUCCAUGAAGCCUCCACCUCUAGAUACCGACACUGCACAUUGGGAGCCUCCGCCGCUGUUCCAAGCCUUCCCGCAAUCGGUCAAACAUGAUACUGUGCAAGCAUGCGUGUUUCCCCCCGAAGUUCUGAUGCGGACACAAAGUCAGCGGCGACAAGCUGAACUCAUACGGGAAAGAAUAGACAGUGCACGCGAUUUGUCUGUGAUUGAGGAAAACAGCACCGAAACGAAGAAGCUGGAGAGGUCGCACAAACGACUGAUAUCCAACUCGGUUCUCAAUCCAGCCGCGCCAGAGCUAAUCAACAAGAUCUACAUACUCGUCACGUCAGGUUACAUUAUGCAGUACGCAGGUGAUGGACCGUUCGAUCGUCUGCCUGAAAAGGUGUUGAAGCUUGGCAAAGAUUCAGCAGCCUUCGCGUGCGAUCUGAUUCCUGGAAAGCAUUGGGUAUUGCAGAUAUCCAGCCAUGCCCACGACGACGGUACGAUCGAGAUGGGGCCCAAAAGUUCGCUCCUGUCCAGGCUGCGGACGCAAAACGCCAUUGGCAGGAGGGCCGCGACUAGUUUCCUGUUAGUUUUGGAAAGCGCAGAGGAGAUGGAUGCUUGGAUGACCACAGUGAGGAAAGAGAUCGAAAACAAUGGCGGACAGAGGGCCAAGGAUGAGUCAACAAGAACGUCAUCCUCGAUCGACGGUUCCUCUGGCAAGCAGUCUAUUGAAACCAGCCAUCGUUAUCUGGUGCAGCGGGAUCCCAAUGUCAUCACCAAGAUCGCUCCCGUGGAUUCGCCACAUCAAUCGUAUCACGCGGUCCCGCUCAAGGUUGUCACUUCAGAACUGGAAGGCGAUCGCACGGAGCGAACACCUAGCAUAGCCAGCUCGUCCCGUGACCAAUCUUCUUGGCAGAGCACCAAGCGCCAGUCAGCUGAGGUAUCUUCAGUGUCAUCUACACCCAUCUCGCAGGAUCAAAUACAGUUUGACCAGCUACGAGGACGGUCGCGAUUCUCGUACAUGUCCAACACAACAUCGGCAUCUGGUACCGGAACCAGGAACACCUCUCGGGACUCCUCGCCUGUUCCACAGUCUCCUCUCAAGGAAGGGUUUACCCCAGUAGCAGAGACUGAGCCGUUCCGACCCCUCAGGUCGUUUCACUCCAAUCCCAGCAACGACACAGGUUUCCGUCGGAGGUCUGUGCAACCCCUGCCAAUCACGACUGAGGACAACUCCAUGUCUGUCGAAGUACCUGCAAUGCGACAGCGGCAUUCCUUUUACGGACCAAUUUCACCAAAAUCGCAGAAAGAGCGGAUACCUGAGCCUGAGACCACGCCUCCUACGGCAAUGGAAACGGUGCCGACGCCUGCGCCCCCGUUUGUGGCGGCUAAAGGUCUUACUGCACAUAUUGCUAGCCAAGUACGCUCGGUUUCUUCUCAAUCGAACCCUGAGAAGUUGGGCCGAGAAGCCGCGGCGUCUGUUGCCGUCAAAGAUCGCGAAGAUAGCCCGGUGAGGUUCAACAGCGGUGGCUACAGCACGAUCACUAGAGAAAGAACCAUCUCUCCACCACCCCGCGAACUGGCGCCCGCUCCGCCCCAAUCUGCCUUCCGUCAGUCUGUCGGUCACACAUCACCACACACUAUGCAAGCUUCAUCUCCGCUGGCCCCGUUUAAAUCCAACCCCUCUCGCCAGCAUCGUAUCUCGACAACGCCGAAGCCCUUUCUGAAACCAUUCCCAGUUCGCCCGCAAGCUCAGCACACCAACUCCCCUAAUGCAGUCCAACGAAGAGCUUCAGCAGUGCCAGCUUCAGCAUCCCCAUCUUUGGCGACCUUAGCUAACCGCUCUGUGACUUCACCCUCACUGUCAUCCUCGGCAGCAGCAGGGACGAUCCCACCAUCGUCCCAUGCACCCACACUCCACUCGGCUCAGUCCCAAACACUCCGUCGACCGACAUCCGUGCAAAUACGAUCUGACCCCGCACCUUUCCUGUCGUCGAUCCGCCCAACGAUCGCUAUCUCCUCAUCGCCGUCUUUUGUGCCCGGUACAGGUCUACGAUCUCCUCCAGGAUUGAGCGCAAACAGAGUCUUGCACUCAAGUCCUAGUACUGGUGCUCUGAGGCAAGAGGCUUCCCUUCAGACUCCAGCAUUGUCAAAGAACCUUAUGCUACGCAAGAGCAUGCCAGUACUAGGGCUACCGCCACCUGCGCCACCACCUGACAUGCCUCUUCCUGCGCCGCCGCCGAACAUGCCACUCCCAUUACCACCCACUUCUGCUCGACAAAGCCUUCUGCUUUGA